AUGAUUCUAUCAGUCCUGCUACCAAAUGAUGUGAAUAAUUUAAUUAGUUUCUUUAAUAUUAUACCUGAUAUAAAUAAUAAAUUGGCGUUGUAUGAUCCGAAUAGCAUUGAACAUUUGAAAUUCGCUAGUGACUUAGUUAGUAUUGUUCCUGCUAAUGGUUUUGACGAAAUUGACAUUGAUUAUUCCUUUAAGCUUCCGUGCAGUCCUCAACUAUUAUUCGAUUUUAAUUCUACCUUUUCAAGUUUUAUAAGUAGCAUAACAGUGCAAUUAGGCUUUCAUCUUAAUAUAAAUAAUACAUAUACAAGUGCUGGAAUAGACAAAAUAUCCCAAAUUUUAACUUCUUGGAGUAAUGCUAUAAAUAAGAAUAAUUCAAACCUUAUUUUAGGAAUUGAACUUGGUGGUGUUGUCGAAAUUCCGAUUUCAGAUCAAUGUCACUAUUCAACAUAUGCAUAUUGGGCAUGGGAAAAUUUAAGUAGUCAAUUAUCACCAUCUUCUUGUCCUACAAAUUUAAAUCCAUCGUCACAAUGGACCUAUGGUUUUAUUAGAAUUGCGAUUGCAGAUAUCACCAAAGAUCCGAAAGAUUUACAAUUGACGAACUUCAUUUUGGGAAAGUAUGGAACUUCAAACACCCAACCACCUUCAUCCACAUCCACAUCAUCUCAAUCAUCGUUCAAUGUAGAUGCAGUAGUGGGUGGUGUAAUAGGUUCCCUUACUUUUAUUAGCGUAUUAGUAGCAGCUGGGUUUAUAUUGUACCGAAAAUACGGGACAAAAAUGUCUAAUCCACUCAUAGAUACAAAUAAUCAGGCUUACACUGAUACAAAUUACCAGUUUCACUUUGAUAUAAAUCGUCAGGUUCGUUCAGACACAAAUAAUCGGAUUUACUCGGAUACAAAUCAUAAAGCUUUCUAA